UCCAGGCGUCAAUGAAAUAUCAGCAACUGUCACCGAUUCAGCUGGAAACAUCAAUAGCACCGUUUGUUAUAUUAAUAUACAAAUGACAGAAUUGCCAGUCGAGAUUUUGCAGGCAUCCGCUGUUUAUGACGGAAACACAUACAGUCUAUUCUUCCGUGGUCAUCUCAACGAGGGCCUGACCUCUCUUAAUUUCUCGUUCUAUGGUGACGUCAAGUAUGACCCCAUUGUUAUUAACGGAGUGGAACAAUUUCAGCCAGCAGAUCUGUCGCCUGGCGUUAACAACAUCAGGAUUGAAGCAACAGAUGGAGUCUUGUCAAAAACCUUCAAGUUUGUUCUAAAUGUAGCAAGCAAUCAACCAGUAAAUCAUGAACUAACUGGAAACAUGGUUUUGGCAAGAAUUAAAGGCACCGACGCAAUCUUUACACAGGACCUAUUUGACGACACAACUACAACAUUUAAAAACCUGGCAUUGGAGCUCCAAGCAAAUCUCGAUAAGAUAUAUCAAAACACACCGGGUUUCAUUGGCUCGCGAGUCGUAUCCUUCAGGAUCGGAAGUAUCAUUGCCAAUUUCAUUCUCAUCUUCAAUCCAACAACGAGCUUAAGUGAAAUAGAAGCUAUUGACAUUUUUAGAAGCGCAUUGACAUCAGAGGCCGAGAUCACAAGCGGUUCUGGACUGUUCCUUACGUCACUCCCAGCUUUCAACAUUUUUCUACCCUGUGAAGACCUGACCUGUGAAAACAGUGGUACCUGUAUAAUAACAAGUGAUGGAUCAGGUGCAGAAUGCAGAUGUACCGAGAGCUGGACUGGGGACCGCUGUCAAACAUCCACAAACAUCAAAUCAACCUCUAUUGCAGUGAUCGUCGGAACAACAGCAGGUGUACUUUUAUUUUUCAUCCUCAUCCUGAUCUUGGUCCUCUUCGUGCUCGCUUUGCGAAACAGAAUGAUGAUGAAAGACCAAAGCAGCCAGGUUCCUGCGGGGACACGAGAUUACAAUCACGGUGAUCAUCGGAUGCCUUCACGAGGAAUCCCAAUUUUCCAUCACGAGGACAGAAGUAGGGACCUUUCCUUUUGCAAUGAUAAGGUGGACAUGGCUUUAUUCACUCAGUACAAGAGUCGAGAGCAGAGGAGCGUCAGCCGAAAUUUCAAUAACGGACCCUCUUUCACUGGACGUGCGCCGAGCCAUGAAACUCUGCAGAAUGGUAAUCACCGAAGGAAUGGAAUACCGCUUCGAGAUACUUAUUACUACAGCGGACAAAUGUAUCUCUAGACCCUGCCAACCCUGUGGAAUGUACAUGUAAAAUGAUACUCAGUGGAGUCGAUUGGGAAGAGCCACUGGCUACAUGUAUUCUUUCCCAAGGUUCCUAUUUCCGAAAACGAAAAAAGGUUCACAAAUCCGAAAAUGAAAUAGGGUUUGUAAUUCAGUAAUUGAAAUCUAUCUUUCAAAGAAUUUUUCUCAGCCUGUCAUUUUCUACACAAUUCUGUUUUCUGCCACCCCGGUACACUUUUUUACAAUGUCAUUCCACUCCAUGACUUAAUCUUCCCCUCCCAGUUAGUUCUUGGUGUUGCUAUUUGCAUAAACCAUUCCUAUAAGGAUAUUUUGUUUCAACAAUCUUUUUUUUCUUUAUUCUCUAUCAAUUUUCACAUCUUUCCAUGACAUUCUCAUCACUCUCCAGUUUACCCAAUUUCCUUAUUCAUUAUUAAUGUCCACGUUGCUGCUCCAUACAAUAGAACAUAACAUACCUAGGAAUAUGUAAGUCUCAUUUUAAGUUUGAAUUUCACCAUUCUUGCUGUAAAUAAGUCUUUAAUCGCCUGGACAUUAUUCUUGCUAUUUCUAUCCUUUGUUAGAUGUCUACCUUGCAUCUGGCAUCAUCAGUGAUGUGUCCUAGGUAGAUGUAAAUGUUGACAUCCUCAGUGAUAUGGCCAUCUAGUUCAACAUAGAGUCUGAGCUUAAAAAUGAAAUUAGGGUUCAUAACUUCGGAAAUGAAAGGCGUCUAUAAUCUCAAAGGCAUAUCAUUUCAAAAAUAAAAAAUAGAACCUCAUCAACUUUUCCAAAUAACGAAUCUUCUGAAUUAUGAACGCUAUUUCAUUUUCGGUAUAAUGAACUACCUGCUAUAAUUGGGUAUGGGAAGUUUGUAACUCGAAUUCAUGAACCAACGGAAUUAUGAGCUUUAGGAAAAGCGAGUGACCCCCAAGUCAAAGGGCUACAUACUUAAAGGAUAAUCCAACCUUUGUAGUGCGUUUUUUUAAUGAAAGUAGAAAAUUAACAAAAA